AUGGACGGUGACAAAAAGAAUGGAAAAUAUGAUGGGAGUAGUCCAAAGAAGGAUGGAGAGGUAAUGCAACGUAAANAACGUAAACUUAUCCCAUCUGCCGUGGUACUAGUACUAGUGCUGGUGCAGUGUCCGCAAAAGACGGCAGCUCUAGACUUGCAAACGGUGAAUGAGGAGUUUGUGGUGGGUUUGAUGAGGGGUGGAUGGAUUAGUGAAAAUAUAUUCAAAAUUAGUGCGUUCAACGUUGAACAAACGAACACUGAAGGAGAGCAGAGCUUGGGUUAUCUAAAAGGUCUUUGGCACGACUGGCUGGAUCCGCUCCCGUCUGGUGGUGCAACUACUAAAGCACCGGUUAAACCUGUUCCCGUAACCCAGCCAGCCCAAGUCACGACCACUCGCACUGCAGCAAGACCAACAGCACCACCACCACCUAAGCCAGCCUCACCACCACCUGUGCCAACAUGGCAACCACCACCUAAUUGGAAUCCAGGAGGUGGCGGUUGGCAACCAGGGGGUCAAGCAGGUGGCUGGCAGCAACCAUCAUCACCCUGGCAACAGCCAUUUUGGAGUGGCGGUUGGCAUCCUCAACAACCAUGGCAACAAAUCGCCUCACGAUGGGUUCAGCCACCACCGUGGCGUCAAGGAGCUCAGGUUCAACCCAGACAAGGAUAG